CAGACCGUGCAGAACGUUACAUUGUCGCUAACUCUGCCCAUCACGUGCCACAUCUGCUUGGGGAAGGUACGCCAGCCUGUCAUAUGCAUCAACAACCAUGUAUUUUGUUCAGUUUGUAUCGAUUUGUGGUUGAAGAAUAAUAGCCAAUGUCCAGCCUGCAGAGUCCCCAUCACUCCUGAAAAUCCUUGCAAAGAGAUUAUUGGAGGAACAAGUGAAAGUGAACCUAUACUAAGCCAUACAGUCAGGAAGCACCUUCGGAAAACUAGACUUGAAUUACUCCACAAAGAAUAUGAGAUUCCACAUAUAUGUGAGAUCAUGCAGUGGUUUUCUUCCUGUGAAGGUGAUUUGACAUGGUGAUGGAAUUUUUUCUAAAUUAGCUUCAUGUUAAUGGAAUACAUAUACUUUUGAAUAAACAUUAAGCCCAGUUGUCAUUUUAUAUCGACUAAAUGAGGGAUAUUAUUGCUCUCUUCCUUUGACACAAAAUAUCUUUAAGUUAUACUAUGUAAAUGGAAACUACUUCAGCUGCUUCAAAAAUUUUUUGAAAUAAAGUGGGACAUAAAUAAAUGACUGAAUAAAUGUUCAUUCAUAUAUGUUUUCCUGUUUAUAUUUGUUUAUUCAUUAACAUAUUAAUUCAAACAAGUAAAGCGAUUUUCUCAUUUUAUAAUGCCAUUUAACUUGAAAUGUAUUGUAAUGUAAAAUAGUAAAUAGCACUAUCUGUGUUAGCUCUGAAACGUAUUCUUAUUUACUUAAUAUUUAUCACACUUAGAUACUAAUCAAAUUAAUCCUUUAGAAGAUCACUGGCAUAUUGAAGUUUAUUUUCUAACAACAGAAUUUCUGACAAUCUUAGUUUAAGAUGAAAUAUCCAUUGUAGAUGAAUAAAUUGUAUCACAGAAAAGAGUUCUAGCCCCAAAUGUUUAGUUACUGGAUUUAAGGUAGCAAGCAGUUCCACAUGGGGAAAACUAAUACUUGGAAUAGUCUUAGCAGUAAUUAAAGAUCCAGAAUGUAGAAGAGUUAAAAAUUAACUACAGGUACUAUUCUGAAGUGGAAAGUGAAAGGACAUGGUAUAUGGUUUUACUCCUACUUCAAAUAUAGAAACAAAAAUAUAGACAUCAAACAAAACUAUAAAUCUUGAUCAAAACUGUAUUUUUAAAUUCCCCUCAGUAAAGCAAUUAAACAUGCCUCAGAAUUUUCUUCUGAGGAAUCUACUUCCUUGUUGAAUUCAUGUGCCUUUUCAUGUUUUCUGGAUAUCUAAAAUAGAAUCAAAGAUUCGAUGUUUAAAUUUUUUUAAAUCACAAACUAUCAUUGAAUUAAAAUAAAAGCAGUGGAAAUGCCUAUUUUUAUCAGAGUCAAAAUACAUUUUGAGAAUUUCAACUAUAUGUGACUUUCUGUCUGCAAAGCUAUUCUGACUCAUAAAGAAUCUAUGUAUCUACAGAAUUUUGAGUAUAAAAUUUAAAAGCACAUUGGCCUCACUGUAGCAUAUGUAUGUGUUUAGUGUCUCUGUCUACCUGAUGGCUAUGCAAUGGUUUUUCAGGAUGAAAUAGAUUGUCUACAGAAAGAGGUAGAAGAGCUUAAGAGUAAAAAUCUCAGCUUGGAGUCACAGAUCAAGACUAUUCUGGAUCCUUUAACCUUGAUGCAGGGCAACCAAAAUGAAGACAAACAUCCAGUUGCAGAUAAUCCAAGUAAAAUUGACCCAGAAACUGUAGCAGAGUGGAAGAAAAAACUUAGAACAGCUAAUGAAAUCUAUGAAAAAGUGAAAGAUGAUGUGGAAAAGUUGAAGGAGGCAAAUAAAAAAUUGAAAUUGGAAAAUGGUGGCCUGGUGAGGGAGAAUUUACGACUGAAAGCUGAAGUUGAUAACAGAUCACCCCAGAAGUUUGGAAGGUUUACAGUAGCUGCUCUUCAGUCCAAAGUAGAACAGUAUGAACGUGAAACCAAUCGCCUCAAGAAAGCCCUGGAACGAAGUGAUAAAUAUAUAGAGGAACUAGAAUCUCAAAUUACACAGCUAAAAAAUUCAAGUGAUGAGAAGGAAGCUAUGAAUUCCAUUUGCCAGAGAGCACUUUCUACAGAUGGCAAGGGGAGCAAAGGCACCGAGGAGGAUAUGGCAUCCAAGAAUCAAGGUGAUGCUGCCAGAAAGCAGCUUGGCUCAUCAACCUUGAAUUCACACCUGGCAAAACCUUCUAGCAGUUCUGUCAGACAGGAAAGCACCAGCAAAACAGAACCAAAUUGUUCUAAGAACAAAGACUUAUAUCACAAACGGGUGGAAAUAAUGUUAGAUGUGACAGAUACAAGUAUGGAUACUUAUUUGGAAAGAGAAUGGGGUAAUAAGCCAAGUGAUUGUGUAUCCUACAAAGAUGAAGAACUCUAUGAUCUUCCAGCUCCCUGUACUCCUUUGUCCCUUAGUUGCCUUCAGCUCAAUACGCCAGAAAAUCGAGAGAGCUCUGUGGUCAAAGCAGGAGGUUCCAGAAAGCACUCAAACCAUCUCAGAAAAUUGGUGUUUGAUGAUUUUUGUGAUUCUCCGAAUGUUUGUAAUAAAGAUUCUUCAGAAGAUGAUAGAAGUGAAAGUGAAAAGAAAUCAGAAUGUUUUACUUCCCCAAAGACAGGGUUUUGGGAUUGUUGUUCCACGAGCUAUGCCCCCAGCUUGGAUUUUGAAAGCUCAGAAGAGAACACGAUAGCAAAUUGUGUUGGAGAAAUUUCUUCAAAAUUGAAUGAGAAAUCAGGCUCAUGUUUAUCCAAGAGGUUGAAUUCUCUCCGCUCCUUUGAAAUGAAUCGGACAAGAACAUCCAGCGAAGCAUCAAUGGAUGCAGCUUACCUUGACAAAAUCUCGGAGUUGGAUUCAAUGAUGUCAGAGUCAGACAACAGCAAGAGCCCUUGUAAUAACGGUUUUAAGUCAUUGGAUUUGGAUGGCUUAGCAAAGUCAUCUCAAUGCAGUGAAUUCCUUGAGGAACCAGAUAAGCUGGAGGAAAGAACUAAACCAAACCUUUCUAAAGGUUCUCUAACUACUGAUCAGUUAGAAAAUGGAAAUGAAUGGAAACCCAAUUCUUUUUUUCUCCUCUCUCCAUCUGACCAGGAAAUGAAUGAAGAUUUUUCACUCCAUCCCAGUUCUAACCCAGGAACCAAUGAAAUCAAACCCCCAAGCUGUUUGUUUCAGACUGAGUUUUCCCAGGGUGUUUUGUUAAGCAGUUCACACAGGCUAUUUGAAGAUCAAAGGUUUGGGUCAUCUUUGUUUAAGAUGUCCUCAGAGAUGCAUGGUCUUCACAACCACCUUCAGUCUCCUUGGUCUGCUUCCUUUGUGCCCGAAAAGAGGAAUAAAAAUGUGAAUCAAUCAACAAAAAGAAAAAUCCAGAGCAGCCUUUCCAAUGCCAGCCCAUCAAAAGCAACUAAAAGUUGACUCAUUAGAAAGGUGUCAUUUAUGUUUUUGUCCUGAGAGGAAUCUAAGAUUUUAAAGUUACUUUUUCCCCUCAUAAAAGCUCUAUACCAUUUUGAAUUGAUAGUCUUUCGUCAGGUGUCAAGUCAGAAUGGUGGAUUAGCCUGUACCCAGGAUACUUUUGUUCACUUUGAAGAGUUUAGUCUUUUUCAUUUUCAUUGGGGAUCUUUUUGACCAGAAAAGGUAGGGUGAGAGUUUCUUUUGAAUGAAUAUUAUACGUAUCUGGUUUGGGUAUAUUUUGUUUUCUUGAAUCUUGAUUGAACUCUUCAGGUACAAUGGUCUAUUAGUAAGCAUCAGUUAUCUUCAGAACUUGGAUUUUUUAAAUAAAACUUUUGGUGUUGUCCACAUACUGCUCAUAAGACACUUGAGUUUCUUUAAAGCUUUUCCUAGGGUGGAAAUUAUUUUGCCUGUCCCUUUUUAUUUAUGUUUAGUGAUAGGCCAACUUUUAUUCAAGGCCAUGAUGGGGAAAUAGCACUCGAACCUUAGUCCAAUACUCAUCUACUUUUUUUUUUAGGUUUUAUGUAUAUGUUUGCAUUUUUAACAUUGUGUUCUGUCCAGUUUUUGUGAAAAUGUGUUGCUAGUAUGAAAGAAUACAUUUUCUGUAUGAAAAUACUUGUUUUAUGUCAGGUAGCUUUCCUUCGCUCAUCUUUUUGUGUGUGUUGAAAAUCAGAAAUUGAGCCUACUUUAGCAAGAAGUCAUGGAACAGUUGUGUUUGGAGGAACCUAAACAUGGUAGCUUCAUCGUUUCAGAUAUACAGGUGCAGAAGCACUCAUUGCCAAGUUCUUGAUCCACUUAUGUCCCAGGGGAACUUUCUUUGGAGUGGUAAAGUUCUUGUUUGCAUGUUACUGUUCUUCAUGGAAACUGUAUGCAUGGUAGCAUUCUUGCUUGCACUGUUUUCCUUACUUAAGAAAAAGAAGUUUCAGUUGGCUAAAAGAUUAUCUUUUAUGAAGGCCC